AUGUUGCAGCUGCAGGGACAGAACCACGUAAUAGACAAUAACCUGGACAGUGAUGCCACAUUGGGGACCUUGGAAUUCAGUUUGCAGUACGACCAAGAGAACAAUGCACUACACUGCACCAUUAACAAAGCCAAGGGGCUCAAGCCAAUGGACCACAAUGGGCUGUCAGACCCUUAUGUCAAGUUGCACCUGCUCCCCGGCGCCAGCAAGGCAAAUAAACUUCGAACCAAGACCCUGCACAACACACUCAACCCGGUGUGGAGCGAGACCCUGACCUACUACGGCAUCACCGACGAGGAUAUGGUCCGCAAAACACUCAGGAUUUCAGUGUGUGAUGAGGACAAAUUCCGCCACAACGAGUUCAUCGGGGAAACGAGAAUCCCUCUCAAGAAGCUGAAGCCCAACCAAAUCAAAAAUUUCAACAACUGCCUGGAGAAACAGUUACCUGUCAACAAGACGGAAGACAAAUCCCUGGAGGAACGAGGACGCAUCAUGAUUUCUCUCAAGUACAACACGGUGAAGUCUUGCCUGGUGGUGGGCAUCAUUCGCUGUGCUCACCUCGCCGCCAUGGACGCCAACGGCUUCUCUGACCCCUACGUCAAAACGUACCUGAAGCCGGACGAGAACAAAAAGUCAAAGCACAAGACGGCCGUGAAAAAGAAGACGCUCAACCCUGAGUUCAACGAGGGCAGCUUGGCUCUGAGGCGCACACCUGUAUGCAGACGGUCGGCUGCGGCCAAACGCGCACGCAGGCCAGCGGCUUGA